AUGGCGGGGCCUGGUGAGUUCGCUGUGGUUGCAGAUGGCUACUGGUGUGCCACUUUAGGACCACUCUUGCUGCUGAAGCCUCCGCAGCUGACUCCAUUGCUGCGCCCGAUCCCGCCGGUAGCAGUGCGGCCUUUAGGCCGUUGCUGUCAGCUUCCUGCCGCAGAGCUUCCCACGGGACUGUGCAGUCUUAGCAUCAUGCUGUCAGCAGGCUUCGCGACAACACUGUGGGGCACGCUGCUUCUGAACGAGCGCGUGAAGGCGAUUUCAGACUUGCACAUUGUACAGCAAAUCACGACUUCGCCUGCGGCCGGGAGCUGGCAGGAUCAAGUGGGCCAUCGCAGAGCAGUGGAGUUGGUGUGCGGGGCGAACACGCUGGCUUCAGCCGCGCUGGCGGCGUUGACAUUCCGCGCGCCCGCAAGAUCGUUCCUGGGCGCCAUAACGCUGCAAGUAGCCGGCUUUGCGGCAUGGCAAGGCUGCCGGAGCAAGCGGUUGUGCCUCUUUGUCGCGGGGACGUCCGCGGCAGUGCGCCUGCGAGCAGCGCUUUUGCCCUCUUUGGCUUCGUUUCGGCACGGCGGUCCGUUGCCUGGGCCGCCCGGGCCUGCUCGCCCCGGAGGCGUCUCGUACCAAGUGGCCGGCAGUUGGCUGAACUGGGAGCUGACAGAGAUGCUUCAGGAUCCCAUUCUGCCAGCUCUCUACUACUUUGAUGUGGAGCCGCAGCAUGCGCAGCAUGGAGCGGACUGCUACCGCUACGCUGACGGCGAUCUGGAGUACGGCUAUGAGUUCCAGAUCGUUCAAGAUGCCGAUUGGAAGCAAGUCAUUCAUCCCCAAAACGAACAGUCAGACGUCUCCUACGAGGCAGUCGGCCCCGAUUCCGAAGGCCAUGGGCUGAACUGGUUCGUGAGCGGCGAAGGCUUCUCUGGCUUUCGCAUAGAGGUCCUCGCGAACGCGAACGGCAGCCUUGGGAUCCAGGUGGCUGUGAGGUUUGACUCCGACGAGUUCUCCGAAGCUUCCGAUGGAAUUCUUCAGGCCAGGACCGAAGCCCUCGAAGAGGCCGCGUGCCGAGGAAGCUGGCAGGCCGUGCUGUGCAGCCUGGCUGCGCUGCGACAAUGGGGGCCUCGGCCCAGUGCGGAAGUGCUGGGCUUGGGUGUUGCGGCAUGUGCCGCCUAUGCCAACCACCAACACGGCCGGGACGUGUGGCAGCAGGCCAUGCUUCUGCUGGACCAGAUGUGGGCCGCAGAGUGUCCUGGCGUGAGCCCCUCGCAGCAGGACUACGCGCGCCUUGCGCAGCUGUGCCGCGACGCGGGACAGGAGCAAGCUGCUAAGCAGCUGGAGUCGGAGGUGGCCUACUGGGGCUGCGAGGACGUGAACUUCCAGAUUGUCCCAGGCUUCAUCUGGAACCGCCAGGUGCGCAUGCUGGGGGGCAUGAUGCAGAAUUGCUUGUCCUGGACGUUGGGUGCUGCGAUCCCCACCGCGCAGCACUCUGCUUGGCUCCUGCCCUGCACGGACCGUGCAGCGCGUGAGAUUGCUGAGCGAAAGCAUGCAUGGGAGGAGGCUGGCUGGCGCACCCUCACCUGUGACCCAGACCUCGUGGAAGCAUUGGAUGACAAGGUCAAGCUCUUUGAGCAUGCGCAAGGGCUUGGGCUCGGCGGCUUCUUGCCGCAGCGGUACACCACAGCCGAAGCGGCUACUUAUCCGUGCAUGCUGAAGCCUGCAUCUGGACAGUACGGAGAAGGUGCCCGGAUUGUAAACAACUCCGCAGACGUUGAGUGUGUUGUCGGCUUGGAUGUUGGCACCGACUGGGUGCUGCAAGAGAUGAUUCCGGGGCCGUACGAGUACUCCACGUCCUUGUUGGUCUGGCAUGGGGAUGUUCUAGAUGCGAUCACGAUGAAGUACCACUAUGACGGCACGCUCUAUGUGUGGCCGCAUGUGCGAGAGAUUUCCAAAGAGAUGUGUGACACUCCUGCUGAGCACCUGGCCAUCAUGACCAAGUUUCUGACUGGCUACAGCGGCAUCUGCAAUUUCAACUACAAGCGCCGGCCGGACGGAAGGCCCUGCAUCUUCGAGGUCAAUCCCCGAAUUGGGGCUGACCUAGCUGGUGACGCGCCCAAGCCGCGAGCACGCCCUCCGCAGCCUCCGAAGGGUGCAGGAAAGGCGUACAUGGGCGGCCCCAUGUCACCCGGCAUGCAAGUGCCUGGCGUGGGACCGCCCGUGGACAUGGCCAUGGCAAUGGGCCUGCCUGCCAUGGGCCCCAUGGGCCUGGGAGCUGACAUGGGAAUGGGCAUAGCGGCCCCUGGAAUGCCCAUGGGCAAGGGAGACCCCAUGAUCAUGGCCAAGGGUGACAUGGGGAAGUUUGGAAAGGGUGCAAAAGGUUUCUCGGCGAACGCGCAGCCGGAUGUGCAGCAAGUUCUCGGAGCGUAUAUUGGCCAAAUCAAGAGCUUCAAUGCAACGCAUGGAUUUGGCUUUAUCGUCUGCGAGGGCUUGCAGCAGCAAGGCUUCAUGCAGGAUGCCGGCAUGCUCAGUGUUUUCCCAGCGCACCCAACAAGCUCGACGUGGGACGCGAUCGGGCUUUUGUGUUUUGCAGCUGCUUUACGCAAAGAGAGAGCUGUUCAUCUGCUGGCGGCCACGUUGAUGUGCCGCCUCACCGCUUGCUAG